CUCUCACUCUUCCAAGUCCCACCCUUCCCUCCCGCAACAGCAAACGGUUUUUCUUUUCUUUUUCUUCUCUCUCUCUCUCUCUCUCUCUCUCACACACACACAAACACACCACAACCACCAUUCCCCACUACUGCGCAAACACACAAACAUCUCAUUCCCUGCUCCAACCAAUGGACCAUCAUCAUCGUCUAGGGUUUCUCACCUCCUCCAUACUCUCUCUCUUACAGGUUUAUGUAAUUUUAUUUUUAGUAGCAGCACACAAUUUUUCGGCAUCUGAUGCUGCAGCAACUGGGGAAAAACAUGCCGAGAAUCAUUGUGCAAUGUAUGACAUUUGUGGAAAGCGCAUCGAUGGUAAAGUGGUGAACUGUCCCUAUGGUUCCCAAGCUGUGAAGCCAGAUGAUUUGCUUUCAUCGAAGAUCCAAAGUUUGUGUCCAACAAUUACCGGGAAUGUUUGUUGUACAGAGGCUCAGUUUGACACAUUAAAGACUCAAGUCCAACAGGCUAUUCCUUUUCUUGUCGGUUGUCCAGCAUGCUUAAGAAACUUUUUGAAUCUUUUCUGUGAGUUGACAUGCUCUCCAAAUCAGAGUUUAUUUAUCAAUGUGACAUCAAUCGAUAAGGUAGGUGGUAAUUUCACGGUGGGUGGGAUUGACUAUUACAUUACUGAUGCUUUUGGUGAAGGUUUAUACGAUUCCUGCAAGGAUGUAAAAUUUGGCACGACGAAUUCUCGAGCUAUGCAGUUCAUUGGCGCCGGUGCUCAAAACUUCAAAGAAUGGUUUUCUUUUCUUGGUAGAAAAGCUGCCCCAUAUAGUCUUGGUUCACCAUAUGCGAUUACAUUCCAGCCAAACCCAAUCAAGUCAUCUGGCAUGAAGCCUAUGAAUGUUUCAACUUAUUCAUGUGGUGAUAUUUCUCUUGGAUGUUCUUGUGGUGAUUGUCCUUCAUCAUCAGUAUGCUCUGAUUCAGUUUCAACUACCACCCAUAAGAGGGAUUCCUGCACUGUGAAAGUCGGGUCUUUAGUGGUGAAAUGUGUUGAUUUUAUUUUAGCAGUCCUAUACAUCAUAUUGAUGGCUGUGUUCUUGGGUUGGGGAUUUUAUCAUCGUAUAAGGGAGAGAAAGCUGUCAUAUAGAACAAAACCAGAGUCUAAUGUCAUUAGUGGCAGUGUGGUGCACUCUCAUAAUAGGGAGAAGGAUGAGAAUCUCCCCAUGCGUCAGAUGAUUGAAGGGGCUCCAGAAAACGGAAGUGGAGUUCAGCUCUCCACUGUGCAAGGAUACAUGUCAAAGUUUUACAGGAAAUACGGAUUGUAUGUAGCUAGAAAUCCAAUUACAGUCUUGUUAUCAUCUCUGGCUAUAGUUCUUCUGCUCUGUCUGGGGCUAAUCCGAUUCAGGGUUGAGACACGGCCUCAAAAGCUUUGGGUAGGACCUGGCAGUAAAGCAGCACAAGAGAAACAGUUUUUUGACAGCCAUCUUGCUCCAUUUUACAGAAUUGAACAGCUCAUACUGGCCACAGUACCAGAUAAAGUGAAUACUACAUCACCAAGAAUUGUGUCCGAGGAAAACAUUAAAUUUCUCUUUGAAAUACAAAAGAAAGUUGAUGCAAUUUGUGCUAAUUAUUCUGGCUUGAUGGUAUCGCUUCAAGACAUCUGUAUGAAGCCACUAGACAAAGAUUGUGCCACUCAGAGCGUCCUGCAGUACUUCAAAAUGGACCAAAAAAAUUUCGAUGAUUAUGGCGGAGUUGACCAUCUCAAUUACUGUUUUGAGCAUUAUUCCUCAGCAGACAAAUGUAUGAGUGCAUUUAAAGGUCCUCUUGAUCCAAGCACCGUCUUAGGGGGUUACUCUGGGAAUGAUUACUCUGAGGCAUCUGCGUUUAUCAUAACUUAUCCUGUGAAUAAUGCUGUUGAUGGAGAAGGUAAUCAAACUGCCAAGGCAAUUGCAUGGGAGAAGACUUUUAUUCAGUUGGUGAAGGAUGAGCUAUUACCGAUGGUGCAAUCAAGGAAUUUGACACUUGCUUUUUCGUCUGAAAGCUCCAUCGAGGAAGAGUUAAAAAGAGAAAGUACUGCUGAUGCUAUUACUAUAGUGGUUAGUUAUCUCGUGAUGUUUGCAUAUAUAUCUCUUACUCUAGGAGAUACACCACAUCCUUCUUCUUUCUAUAUUUCAUCGAAGGUAUUGCUUGGUCUUUCAGGAGUACUGCUUGUUAUGCUUUCUGUCCUUGGAUCAGUUGGAUUUUUCAGUGCCCUUGGUGUUAAAUCAACACUGAUCAUCAUGGAAGUUAUCCCGUUUCUUGUUCUAGCUGUUGGUGUGGAUAACAUGUGUAUACUAGUUCACUCAGUAAAAAGGCAAAAACUUGAGCUACCUUUAGAAGAACGAAUGAGCAAGGCUCUUGUGGAAGUUGGACCAUCAAUAACAUUGGCUAGUUUAUCAGAGGUUUUAGCAUUUGCAGUUGGAUGCAUUAUUUCGAUGCCUGCAUGCCGCGUGUUCUCCAUGUUUGCAGCAUUGGCUGUUCUUUUGGAUUUUCUCCUCCAAGUUACAGCUUUUGUUGCUCUGAUAGUUCUAGACUCCCUGCGAACAGAGGAUAUGAGAGUCGACUGUUUUCCAUGCAUGAAAGUCCAUUCCUCACAUGCUGACCCUGAUAAAAGAAUCGGAAGGAGAAAGCGUGGUUUAUUGGCACGCUAUAUGAAGGAGGUUCACGCUCCCAUUCUGAGCAUAUGGGGAGUAAAAAUUGUUAUUAUUGCUAUAUUUGUAGCAUUUGCAUUCGCUAGCAUUGCACUGAGUACUAGAAUUGAACCUGGUCUGGAGCAGCAGAUUGUUCUUCCACGAGACUCGUAUCUUCAGGGAUAUUUCACUAAUGUGUCAGAAUAUCUCAGAAUUGGACCACCUUUGUAUUUCGUUGUGAAGAAUUAUAACUACAGCUCAGAAUCAACACAAACAAAUCAGCUUUGCUCCAUUAGCCAAUGCAAUUCAGACUCUCUUUUAAAUGAGAUUUCUAGGGCAGCCCUUGUGCCGGAGACUAGUUAUAUUGCCAAGCCAGCUGCCUCUUGGCUUGAUGAUUAUCUUGUGUGGGUGUCUCCAGAAGCAUUUGGGUGCUGCAGGAAGUUCACAAACGGGAGUUAUUGUCCUCCUGAUGAUCAGCCUCCUUGCUGCUCUGCUGGUGAAGGAUCUUGUGUUUCAAAUGGAGCAUGCAAAGAUUGCACAACGUGUUUUCGUCAUGCAGAUUUGCGGAAUGAUCGUCCCUCUACAACACAAUUUAAGGAUAAACUUCCAUGGUUUCUUAGUUCUCUGCCUUCUGCUGAUUGUGCAAAAGGUGGUCAUGGGGCUUACACCAGCAGUGUAGAUCUGAAAGGCUAUGACAGUGGUAUUAUCCAGGCAUCAUCAUUCCGUACUUAUCAUACUCCACUCAACAAGCAGAUUGACUAUGUUAAUUCCAUGAGGGCUGCUCGAGAGUUUGCUUCAAGAGUUUCUGAUUCUUUAAAGAUUGAGAUCUUCCCAUAUUCAGUGUUUUAUAUGUUUUUUGAGCAAUACCUUAAUAUAUGGAGGACUGCACUGGUCAAUCUUGCAAUAGCUAUUGGUGCAGUAUUUAUUGUGUGCUUGGUUAUCACAUGCAGUUUAUGGAGUUCAGCAAUCAUUUUGUUGGUGUUGGUGAUGAUUGUUGUCGAUCUCAUGGGUGUGAUGGCCAUUCUGAAUAUCCAGUUGAAUGCUGUUUCAGUGGUCAACCUUGUUAUGUCAGUGGGCAUUGCGGUCGAGUUUUGUGUACAUAUGACUCAUUCUUUUGCUGUAACUAGUGGAGACAAAGAUCAACGUGUUAAGGAGGCUUUGGGUACAAUGGGGGCUUCAGUCUUCAGUGGCAUUACACUAACAAAGCUUGUUGGAGUUAUUGUUCUUUGCUUCUCAAGGACAGAAGUUUUUGUGGUAUAUUACUUUCAGAUGUACUUGUCAUUAGUACUUCUUGGUUUCUUGCAUGGACUUGUUUUCUUGCCGGUUGUAUUAAGCAUCUUUGGUCCUCCUUCAAGAUGUAUUGACCAAGGGGAGGAUCAUUCAUCAACUACUUCAUAGAACAUACAGUAGUGAUUGGAUUAUGCGUCGUCGGCAACUAGUUAAGAAGCAUCUGUGAAGUACAGAAUGUUGAUAGGCGAAAAGGAAGAUAGGAAAAUACACCAAUUUUGACUUGGCCGCCACUGAACUAGUAGUGUAUAUGAUGACUCAUUGGUACCCAGUUAAGCACCUCUUGUAUGUAAGGUUACUGUGGAAGUAAUGAAAAAAAAAUUUAAAAUGAGAUAAGGUUCAUAGAAGAAAAUGAAGUUUUAUAGUAUAUAUAUCUGAUGAAAUUACUAGAUUCUGAAGACGAAGUGUGUUGAUCCGUAGCGUGCAAUAGCUGACUGAAAUCGUGUUACAACUAGGAUUAGGACAAAGGAGGAGCUCAAACCAAUGUAGCUACCUAAGUAACAUUUAAGAAAAGUUUCAUUUUUUUUCUGAUUGGAUGUAAUGAUAACCAACUGUAUGUGCACACUAAUACCUAAUAAGUGACGUUGCCAAUCA